AUGACGGGGCAAAAGGCGGACGAUGUCUUUGGCCCUGCGCUAAGAGGCUUGAAUAUCCAUGGUCAGCCACAAGAGGUUGCAGUUCACACAGCGGAGCCCGGCACAUUUCCAGCACCGCGGACGUUGGAAGUGAACAAGUCGGAGGACAAACCCAGAGAUGUUCUGGGCCUGGUGGCACCGCUAAAAGAGAAGGCACAGAACGACAACGUUGAGAGUCCGAUUCUCGGCCGGGAACCCGGACCAGAGACAGCUGACGGGAUGGGUGUCAACGAGAAACCGGGACGUUCACUGAGCCGGAGUGCAAAGACAUCCAAGACAAAUACCAUGGUUAGCGACAUGGACGAAGCGGUUGAUCGCGGGUUCGAGGCUGAAGCUCGUCGCGACCUGUCAGGUGGACAUUCAUCAAAAAGCCCGGAACGCAGCUUCGAAAUUGGUGGUUUCCGCAGCCCAGUUCCGACCAUCUUGCCACCGGUACAGGAAGAGGCGCACGAAGGAGCUGAGACCGAGCAUCGACUGCUAUAUAGACCAGCUUCUCGAACAACGCUUGGCUCGCCAGACCCGACCCGGGACAGCGGAUUCGUGACCGGCUCACCUCACCCCUUCAGAAGAAGCGGCUUCGACGAGGACCAACGGGACAGCGGCGUCCAUCUUCGGGAGUGGCAAGACAAGAGAUCGCCAGGCCGGGACGGCCAACGAACUCCCGAAUUGAAGGUUCACAAGAGCGAGAGGCGGAGGUCACGCGAGUUGGAAAGAGCCAAAUCACCAACGGACAAGACAGUACUACAGCGGUCCCCUUUCGCCGAAGGAGAAACUCGCGAUCAUCCUCUUUCCAAGACUCCUGUGCUCCGGGAGCCCACCGGACGGGAGCUCACUCCUGAGCCCCAAAAGUACAGAAGAACCAUCAGCCCAGAGUUGGAGAGGAAAAGGUCCAAGUACCAGGACCUGGCAUCGGCAGCACUGGCCGGUGCAGCCAUCAGCAGUACUUGCUCGUCACCACGCAGUACUCCUCCACCGGGCAAUCGCAGCGUUUCCGACAGGGUUGCACGGCUGCAGUCGCCAGUGCCCACAGAGCCAGUAGCGCGCAGGUCCAUGUCCAACAGCAGCCUGUCACGGCACAGGCGGGCGAUGGGGACGCCAACACCGGAGCCACUAAAGUUGGGGCCUGAGAGCCCAGGCAUCCAGCGGUCAGGCACUGCCACCCCGCCUCUCCGCCGGGUCGACAGGCGUGUAAGCGGAGACCUACGAUCUCUUAGCCAACGAAGUCAGCUUGACCUCAACAAGGACCACAAGGACUCGACCAGCUCCUCCAACACCCCCGUCGCCAACGAAGGUCGUGUCCGCACAAAGGACAUGGCCGACGUCUAUGAUGGAUUCGGUGAAGGCCGCAUCGGUUCUCCCCGAUCGCCGACCCGCCCGCACAGCAUGCGCCGACGCCAGAGCAUGCAAGUCCUCGAGCUCGAGUCUCGCGUCGAGCAAUUGAUGGCUGAGAAUCGGAUGCUCACCGACGCCCGAUCCCACGCCGACUCCCACAGCAGCAACAGAGCCUCUGGCAUUCUGGCAGAGCGCGAUGCCGAAAUCGACGUCCUCAAGCAGUCGCUCGAGUUUCUACAAAAGGAGGUGGCCCGCUUGACCGAGGUCAACGAGGGCCUGAACAGUGCCAAUGCCCAACUUGCUGCCCAACACAAUGAGCGCUACCGUUCAUUGGAGACGCAGCACGCUGACACCUCACGACGAUUGGAAGAAGCGCGCACCGAACAGGGCCACUUCCAGGAGUCGCUGCUGCAAAAAGACGCCGAGAUUGGUCGGCUCCGUUCCGAGCUCGACGCUGCCAAAGACAAGAUCCGCCAGAUGCAGCGCCAGAUUCUGGCUACCAAGGGCGCCGACAGUGACUUCCUCAACGUCAAGGACGUCGACCACUUUGAUCAUAGGUGCCAGCAGCUCUGCUCUCAUGUGCAGCAAUGGGUUCUUCGGUUCUCCAAGUUCUCAGACAUGCGUGCCUGCCGUCUGACAAAUGAAAUCAACGACGAGAAGGUCAUUGACCGUCUCGACAACUCCAUCCUAGAUGGCACCGACGUGGACACGUACCUCGGCGACCGCGUCAAGCGCCGAGACGUGUUCAUGUCCAUGACGAUGAACAUGAUUUGGGAGUUCGUGUUCACCCGAUACCUAUUCGGCAUGGACCGCGAGCAGCGACAAAAGCUCAAGUCGCUGGAGAAGCUGCUUACCGAGGUCGGCCCUCAGCAGGCCGUCCGACAAUGGCGCGCCGUCACCCUGACGCUCCUCUCUAAGCGGCCCAGCUUCAAGCACCAGCGCGACCUCGACACCGAGGCCGUGGUCCAGGCCAUCUUCCAGACGCUGUCCAAGGUCCUCCCUCCCCCGUCCAACCUGGAGGACCAGAUCCAGUCACAGCUGCGCCGCGUGAUGCGGGAGGCCGUCGACCUCUCCAUCGAGAUGCGCACCCAGCGCGCCGAGUACAUGAUGCUCCCGCCGCUGCAGCCCGAGUACGACCCCGACGGCGAGCUCGCCGACACGGUCACCUUCAACGCGGCGCUCAUGAACGAGCGCAGCGCCGACAAGUCUGUCACCAACGAGGCUCUCGAGGCCCAGAACGCCGUCGUCCGGAUCGUUCUCUUCCCGCUCGUCGUCAAGAAGGGCGACGACGCCGGCAACAACGACGACGAGAUUGUCGUCUGCCCCGCCCAGGUGCUGGUGGCUCGGCCCAAGAGCGGCAAGGCCGUCCGUCUGUUCACGCCCGGUAGCGACGCUGGCGGUGCGUCGCUCGGCGGGCAGACGGCGGCCACGCGCAGCGACAUUAGCAUGGGGACGUUCCUGCCCGACCAGGCCUCGACCCGGUGA